CGAAUGCUUUUGCUCCUUUUGCUCUCGUUUUUUCAUCAUAGAGCUUGUCACUCUUCUCCUUCCACGCAGCCACUAUGCCAUGCUGAGGAGGGUAAUGCCUUGUUGCAGUUCAAGGAAAGCCUUGUCAUUCAUAGGUCAGCUUCUUCUGAUUCUUCUGCUUAUCCCAAGGUUGCAUCAUGGAAAGUUGAUGGAGGAAGCGGUGAUUGCUGCUCAUGGGAUGGUGUUGAAUGCGAUAUGGACUCUGGUCAUGUGAUCGGCCUUGACCUCAGUAGAAGCUGCCUUUAUGGCUCCAUCGACUCUAAUAGCAGCCUCUUCCACCUUGUUCAGCUCAGAAGGCUGAACCUUGCCGAUAACGACUUCAACAACUCUAAAAUCCCUUCUGAGAUUCGAAAUCUCUCAAGGCUGUUUGAUCUAGAUCUCUCAUAUUCUUCCUUUUCUGGUCAAAUCCCAGAAGAGGUCUUAGAGCUUUCCAAGUUGGUUUUCCUUGAUCUGGGAUUAAAUUCUUUGAAGCUCCAAAAACCUGGUCUGCAAGAUUUAGUUGGAGCAUUAACCAACUUGGAGGUGCUCCAUCUCAGCGGAGUGGAAAUAUCAUCCAAGGUACCUCAAAUCAUGGCAAAUUUAUCCUCUUUAUCAUCUCUAUUUCUCAGGGAUUGUGGAUUGAUGGGAGAGUUUCCCAUGGGAAUAUUCCAAUUACCCAACCUUCGCUUUCUCAGUAUCCGGUAUAAUCCACAUCUCAUGGGAUAUUUGCCGGAAUUUCACCGGGACAGCCACCUUGAAUUAUUGUUGCUCGCAGGAACAAGUUUCUCCAGUCAUCUACCGGAAUCCAUUGGUAACCUCAAAUCAUUGAAAGAAUUUGAUGUAGCAAAAUGUUAUUUUUCAGGGGUGAUACCAUCUUCAAUUGGUAACCUUACGACACUGAACUAUCUGGACCUUUCUCAUAACAGUUUCUCUGGGAAAAUCCCUUCUACAUUUGUCAACCUUCUUCAACUUACUUACCUGUCGCUUUCUUGUAAUAAUUUCAGUUCCGGAACCUUGCAUUGGCUUUGUAAUCUAACCAAACUCACUUUUGUAGGCUUAAACCGAACCAAUUCAUACGGUGAGAUUCCAUCCUGUCUUGGAAACUUGACUCAGCUCACCCAGUUAAACCUUCUUUCGAAUGAAUUAACUGGUCAAAUUCCAUCUUGGAUAGGAAACCAAACCCAAUUAAUCUCACUGGAACUUGGAUCCAACAAACUGCACGGUCCAAUUUCAGAGUCUAUUUUUAGGCUUCCCAAUCUUGAAACCCUUAACCUAGGAGAAAAUUUAUUCAGUGGCACUGUAGAAUUUGGCCUUCUUAAGUCAAGAAGCCUUGUUUCCUUCCAAUUAUCUGACAAUAAUUUGUCUGUGAUUGGUAACAACAAUGAUAGUGCUGCUCUGCCAAAAUUUCAAAUUUUAGGUUUGGGUGGAUGCAAUUUAUCAGGCGAGUUUCCAAGUUUCUUACAUGGUCAAAAUCACUUGGAGUUUGUAGAACUCGGUGGAAACAAAAUUGAGGGGCACAUACCAACAUGGUUUAUGAACUUGGGCACCGAAACUCUUUGGCAUUUAAAUCUGAUUGGCAACCUUCUGACAGGUUUUGAGCAAUCCGUUGAUAUUCUUCCAUGGAAUAAUCUACGCUAUCUGAGACUUUCUUUCAACAAGCUUGAUGGAGCCCUUCCAAUUCCACCACGUUCCACUAUUAUCUAUAUAGUCUCAGACAACCGUUUAAAUGGAGAAAUUCCACCAGCAAUCUGCAAUCUGACAUCUCUUGUUAUCCUCCAAUUGUCUAACAACAAUUUGAGUGGCAAGCUUCCGCAAUGUUUAGGAAACAUAAGCAACUCUACUUCAGUACUCGAUCUACGCAACAACAGCUUCAGCGGUGACAUUCCUGAAGCUUUCUCAAGUGACUGCGCAUUGAGGGCAAUCGAUUUCAGUCAAAACCAAUUGGAAGGGAAGAUACCAAAAUCAUUAGUCAAUUGUCCCAAGCUAGCGAUUCUCAAUAUUGAACAAAACAAGAUAAAUGAUGUCUUCCCUUCAUGGUUGGGUAUUUUGCCAAAGUUGAGGGUUCUGAUUUUGAGAUCCAAUAGGCUUCAUGGCGUGAUUGGGAAACCUAAAGCUAACUUUGAAUUCCAGAGGUUGCAGAUUGUUGAUCUAUCUGGUAAUUGUUUUUUGGGUAAGUUGCCACUUGAAUACUUUCGAAAUUGGUCUGCCAUGAAAACUAUCUAUAAAGAACGCCCGUUGUACAUGCAAGUAGUCUCAAGUUUCCAAUUACCACGGUAUGGAAUGACAUAUCAUUUUGACUACUCAAUGACAAUGACCAAUAAAGGCGUGAUGACAUUAUAUGAGAAGAUCCAAGAAUUUCUCACAGCUAUUGAUCUCUCAAGCAAUCGUUUUGAAGGAGGAAUUCCAGAUGCCCUUGGAGAUCUCAAAGAACUGUAUUUGCUCAAUCUCUCCAAAAACUUUCUCACUGGUCACAUCCCUCCAUCCUUGUCCAACUUGAAAGGGCUUGAAGCUUUGGACCUUUCUCAGAACAAACUCUCUGGAGAGAUUCCUGUCCAACUUGCACAGCUCACCUUCCUCGCGGUCUUUAAUGUGUUUCACAAUCUUCUAUCAGGUCCAAUACCAAGAGGAAACCAAUUCGAGACAUUUGACAGCACUUCAUUUGAUGCGAAUUCAGGAUUGUGUGGAAAGCCUUUAUCAAAAAAAUGUGGAAAUGGUGAGGACUCGUUGCCAGCACCUAAAGAAGAUGAAGGCUCGGGAUCUCCACUUGAAUUUGGUUGGAAGGUGGUGGUGAUAGGUUAUGCAAGUGGAUUGGUAUCAGGAGCCAUUCUUGGAUGCGUUAUGAACACAAGGAAGUAUGAAUGGCAAGUGAAGAAUUACUUUGUGAGUUGGCAACACAAAGGUCAAUAUUUGAAGACUCGCCUGCGUAGAAGUUGAUUUCUAAUUAUUAAGACGUAUUAUCUCUUCCUUCUCUUUUUCAGCCCCAUCCCCCCCCCCCCCCUAAUUUUCACUUGUAAGGUUAAGAGUGAAUUUCUCUUGAUGCUCCAUGUAACGUGCUAAAAAUAUCAUGAUGAUGUCUUUAAAGUAAUUAGCAAUGUAACAUAUAGCAUGUUGAAUAUU